CUAACAUGAAGGCUUUACUGUUUUCCGUGAUGUGAACAUAAAUUAAUCGUACCCACCGUCUUUGUGGCAUGGAUUGGGUCAAUCGACAAACCGCUCACGAACGCCCUGAUCUAUUGGAGUGGAGAAAGCAUCAAGGAAAGGCAGCUUGGUAUGGUUUGUGGUCGAUAAUCGUAGGAAGUAGCGUGACUUAUGCAGGGCUUUCACUCUUUCGGCUGCAAAUACCCAAGAAGUACAUUCCACUCUUAUCCCUAACUACUGGAGCUUGCUCUGGAUGGUUUGUUUCACACAGAAUUAUGAGAUCUUUCCCUCCAUCUGAUGUGGAUUCUGCUGUUUCAGAUAUCAAUCAGUCAUUAGGAAAUAAAGAGAACUAUGCAUCUCCCAUGCAGACAUCAAAAUUUGGAGACAAAGACUUCAUUAAAGAAUGAAAUGGCACUUGUGAUUUACCUUUGUGAUCACUGGUCUGCCACGUGAAGAAAGAAAUGUUUCAAUACCCCAUUUCUGAAUUACCCUUGGCCUCUUUUUCUAAACGAGGCCUGGUGCUCAA